GUCCUCAGUUGUUCCUGUGGAAAUCAGUGGCUCAUCCGUCCUAACGGGAGACCACCAGGGACAACCAGAGACCACCAGGGACAACCAGGGACAACCAGGGACAACCAGGGACAGACAUGCUGCCGUCCAUGACAAUGACUCUGAGCAUAUGUGCCAUGUGGACCUGUUCCACGCUGAUCCAGUGUUCAGUAUUUCUGGACCAUCCAGCUGCCACCCAGAUGCUGCACUCCUCCACCAGGAGGCGCCGUGCUAACUCCAUCCUGGAGGAGAUCCUGCCAGGAAACCUGGAGAGGGAGUGCUAUGAGGAAACCUGCUCCCAGGAGGAGGCUGCUGAGAUCUUUCAGAACCACGAGAAGACGAUGGAGUUUUGGUACAGAUACACGAAUCUAAACUCCUGUCAUGCUAACCCCUGUCUGAAUGGAGGCAUCUGCAGUCUGGACCAGGGAGACUUCAUGUGUCUGUGUCCUCCCCAAUACCACGGCAAGACCUGCAACUCAGUGGUGGUGGAGUGUCGCUAUAGAAACGGUGGCUGCCUGCAGUACUGCAGAGACCUGGCAGGUGGAGCUGGAGUUCAGUGUGGCUGCGCUGAUGGAUUCAGACUGGAGUCUGACGGAAAGAGCUGCUCGCCCACAGUGGCAUUUCCCUGUGGUCGCCAGCAGAUGGUGGCGUUGUAUCAUGGCCGCUCACUGUGGGGCUCCCCUGAUGUAAAUGCUACCAUGGAGACAGAAACCAUGAUGGACACCAACAUGACCCACAGUUUGGUUCCUGAACUUAACAUCACAGAGAAGUGGGACGAGGCUAAGACAGUAAAGGCAACAUCUGCGGAGACAUCAGGAAACCAGACGGAGGUGGAGGAGGCGGCGAGGGUGGGGUUCACCCCUCGUAUUGUGGGGGGUCACCUGGAGAGACGAGGCGGGAGUCCCUGGCAGGUUCUGAUCCACAGGUCUGAUGGUUUCGGUUUCUGUGGAGGGACUCUGGUUUCGGACCGAUGGGUAGUUUCUGCUGCUCACUGCUUUGAAGAGUCGGCAGACUACGUUACCAUAGGGGACCUUGAUAAGCAGCGUCCUGAUCCAGGUGAGCAGCUGAUAAAGAUCCAGGAGGUUAUCCUUCAUCCUCAUUUUCACUCCUUCACCUUCGACAGUGACAUCGCUCUCCUUUACCUCACCCAGCCGGUCCUCAGGGGCCCCACGGCAGCCCCUGCCUGCUUGCCUGAUGCCCACCUGUCCAAAUACCUGUUGAAGGAUGAGAAUCGGGGGGUGGUGUCGGGCUGGGGGGCCACUGAGCACCUGGGUCUUUCCUCCCGGUUCCUGAAGAAGGUGACACUCCCGGUGGUCAGCUACCAGGCCUGCACCACCACCAUUGAACAGGUAAUCACAGACAACAUGUUCUGUGCGGGUUACCUGGACAUGAGCCUGGAUGCCUGCAGCGGAGACAGUGGGGGUCCGUUUGUGGUCCACUACAGAGGAACCUGGUUCCUGACCGGCGUGGUCAGCUGGGGGGAAGGGUGCGCCGCCCUGGGGAAGUUAGGAGUCUACACCCGGCUGGGAAACUUUCUGAACUGGAUCAGAGAAAACAUGGACAGGAUGGACCUGAACAGCACCAAGAGCUGAGGAACCCUGUAGUCCACGGGUCAGCAACUUGGGCCAAAAUUACAUCAUCAUCAGGCAAAACAUGAUUUUUCCUACGGGGGAAAAAUAAAUCAUAUCUUUUCUAUUAUAUCUUGUACAAAAUCUUCAUUUAAUAAAGUUAUUUAUUCAGAAUCAACAUAAUUUGCUCCAGAUUGU